UCACUUUAUUACAUUUUCUAUUUUAUUAAUUUUUUUAAUUCUAAGCAAUUCUUAGCUAGAGAUUUCUUAGCAAGUCUCUUUUGACAUAAAUACUUAAAUUUCGAGAGUUUGAAAUUCGCGCGAAUUGAGGACGCAAUCUGAUUUUUAAAAUACGCGAGAAAGUGUCAAAACGUUCAUCGAGGAGAAUAAAAAUUAACAUAUUUAAAAAUUAUGUGAUCUGGUACUUUAUAUCUGUUAUUUAAUGUGUAAUAAAUUAGUAGGAGAGAAAGAAUUAAGAAUAAGAAAAUUAUUUAUAUAUUAGGACAGACUUGAACAAAUAUAACCUAACUAUGAGUAAUAAGACUAAUAAUGCAGGUGAGAUAGAUCCUGUACAAGAACAGCUGACUGGUAGGGUACGGGAAGUUGGGAAUUAUGCUAUCUGGAGUUUGUCGAGUUGCAAACCGGGAUUUGGCGUGGAUCAGCUUCGGGAUGACAUUACGGAAACCUAUUGGCAAUCGGACGGGCAGUUACCUCAUUUAGUAAACAUACAAUUUAAAAGAAAGACUACCAUUCGUGACAUAUGCAUCUACACAGAUUACAAGUUGGAUGAGAGUUAUACUCCCAACAGGAUAAGUAUUAGGGCCGGGACCAACUUCAAUGAUCUCCAAGAGGUAGAAGUGAUGGAUUUAAAUGAACCAAGUGGUUGGAUAGUGAUUCCCAUUAAAAACAUAAAUGACCGUCCCAUUAGGACGUUCAUGAUUCAGAUAGCAGUGAUCAGCAAUCAUCAGAAUGGCAGGGAUACUCAUAUGAGGCAAAUCAAGAUCCAUAGUCCUGCGCAGGAUAUUCUUGGUCCACCAGCGCCUUAUAUUCCAGGACAGUUUCUCACCAACGAAUUUUUACGCUAUGCUACUAUUAGAUAAGGUUAAUAAAUAAGAACAAAAUUUA